AUGGACUUGUUGGUGGCGUACGAGACCGGAACUGUGGAGCUAGUUGAGCUCUCCUGGCCCCCAGGCCUGGAGGAGGGCGUUCCGCAAAUAUGCGUCGGCUAUGUUAUCAUGAAGCGGCCCUCUGGCUUCUUGCUCUGUGUUCCGGAGGGCUUCAUGUCACAAGUGGAGCUGGAGAACGGCCAGGCUGCAAUGGAGCUGGAGGGAGUGGGCCCCUCGAUCGUCAUCAGGGCACCUCCGGUGCAGCUAGCCGCUUCAGGGGAUUGGGUCACAGCUCCCGAAGGAGAGGAGGAGGUCCCGGCCCUCUUGGUGGAUCUGGCCGCCCCUCUCGCGGAGCAGAUCAGCCCGGUCGACCUGUUGGCCCCGGACUUGGUGCUCUUCCGCCCCGGGCAGGCAAUGAUCUUUCCUUUGGCAUCGGACGUGCUUCGCCAAGCGCGGGAAUGGCUGACUACCGAUCCUUUCCCGGCCGAGCGGGGCGGGUAUCACACUGCUCAGUCUGCCCCGGAGGGCCCAUCCCCUGGAAAGGCAAGGCAAGCGAAACCGAAGCGGCCCACGGUGCAGCAGCUUGCCACCCAGCAGGAAAAGAUGAUGGAGCUGAUGGCUUCACUUGUCGGGCGGCUGGAUGCCUUGGCCCCUCCUGCUCCGGCGCAGGUUGCCCCGGCUGCUUCGGAGGCGCCAGCUCCUCAACCGGCGGCUCCACAUGCUGUUUUGAGCCGCCCCUUGGCUUCCGUGCUGCCUCCUUUUCAGAGUGCCCCGAAGAGUCUUGCUUCUGUGGUGGGCCCGCCCCCGCCGGCACGAGCGCAGCCGCCUGCUGCGGCCCAACAGCCAGACAAGGAGGAGCAAGCCAAUGCUCACUUGGAAGCGGGCGACCUGCCCCCGGUCGAGAGCGGCAACUCUUCUUUAGCAUCUGCGGUUCUUGCUCAAAGUCAGGCGCUGGUGGCGCUGGUGUCCCAGAUGUCGCAGGGAGUCACGGACCCUCUCUUGGAAGGCCAGCCCGGCCAGUCGACUUCAGUCAGGGGUUCGGUAGGCCGUGCAAAGCUCCAGCAGGAGCUCGCAGCCCGAACGGGAGCGUUCGCCGACCGUGUCCGCGAAAACAUGACUCGCAGAAUGGAUCCCACCGGGCUCUUGGCAGAAGACCAGGUGAGUUUCCUGCGCUUCUUGGAGCGCCACGGAGGCUAUGCAAAUCAGCAGCUGCUAGGCCUGAUUGCGUGGCAACUUGCUCAGUGCCUAGAUCUUCUGCAUAUUGGUUCCACCGACGGCGCUCGGGACGCCUUGAGCCUCCUGCUGGUGAUGGUGGAGCAAGUGGCCCGCGACCGCGGCAGCCCCACUUUGGGCUGGCUUCUAACCCUGCAAGCCGAUCCCCCUUUGGGACUGUUCCAGCCGCAAGCCGCCAUGCCGGGCUCUCAGAUCCAGAGCUUCACACCAUUGUGCGACCAACGCUGGAUCACGGUGGCAUUAGCUUACACAAAAGAACUCGAGACGAUUGCCGGCCGGGUUUCCGAGAGUUCUGCAAAGCCCCCGCCGCCAAAAGGGCCCAAGCCACCGACGCUGCCACCGCCAGCCGACCCGGCCACCGAGGAGCAGCAGCUCACAAAGAAGCAGCAAAGGGCUGCACAAUGGGAUGGCUUUGACUUGGGCGAAGUCCCCGGCACUGUGUUCCCUUUGGAGGGCGCGGCGGUGGAUGAGGAGUCCGGCUUCUCUUUUGUGGCCUGGAUUUCGGCCUUGCCUCGUUUGCUGCACUCAGGCAGGACCCAGUUUUCUCGAUUUCUUCUGUCGACUAUGCGUGUCUGCGAGGGGCCCCUGCUCGCCCCUACUUCCGCCCUUUUCCCGCUUCCUCUUCUCCGGGAGGGGAUCUUCCAAAAGCGGGCCCGGAGGAAUGCACCUGCCUCUCUCAGGCUUGCGGUUGAGCGCUGCGUCCACUUUGUCAGCAUGGGUUUGAACUACAUGCACGCAGGCUGCCGCCCCGUUCCUGUGCAUUCUCUACGGAGGCGCCUAAAUCCUCUCCAGGCCCAGGCCUAUGAUCGGAUUGAGGUGCUUGUCUGGGCGUGCGCUCGCCAGGCUGGUCAUGUACCGUCCUGCGCGGGCCGACGAGGAUUGCAUUUGGCCACCCGGCUUUCUGAAGUGCUGUCCUACUGCAAGCGUCUUGGACUUGACGCUGGGCCCUACGGGGCCGAUUCGGCGCUGCCUGAGGGCGCCGUUUGUGAGCCGCCUGAGCAUGUGUCUGGCGAUGGGGGCAAGGGCACUGCGGAGGCCCUGCAACCUUACCGGAGCAUCAGGGCUGAUCAGGUUGUGCUUCACGGCAAAGGUCUUUGGGACCUUUCCCGUCACCUCGGCCCGGACCUCUACCUGCCCUACGUUGAGCCCGAGGUCUACAGGUUCUCCGGGUCAGGCGCUCCUUGCGCUACUUUCGCCAGUGAGGAUAAAGCUGAGGUUUUCAGGCUUUGCAAGCUUUGGGACGCCUCUGGUCUUCUCGGCUUGACCCCCGGCCCGCUGCCGGAACGGCUCUGCGCUAGGGUGUUUGGGGCCUACAAAGGCCCGGGCCAGCAACGACAGAUUGGGGACCGACGGGGCCAAAACUCCCUUGAAUGCCAGCUGGUGGGACCGUCACGCUUCCUCCCGGUAGGUCCUUUGCUCUGCCGUGUGCACGUUCCUUCGGGCUCCUGCCUGGUCGGGUCUGUUACAGACAGGCGCGACUUUUACACUCAGGCGUCUGUUUCAAAGGAGCGCGCACUCACGAACGCGGUCGGGCCGGCUCUGCCCUUGGAUUGGUUCGCUGGCACCUCGGCUUUCGAUGACCUCCUGGCUGACCCCUCGCGGCACACCGUUGAUCCUGACCUUUACGCCGGAGCCUUGCGGUUUGACCGCCCUUCCUUGCUUUGCGAUCGAAAGCCUUAUGUUCACCCGACUUUUAAGGCUCUGUUCCAAGGCGAUGCCGGAGGGGUUGAGUUUGCUACGGCCGGGCACGAGGGUCUCCUGCACAGCUACGGGUGUCUCCGUGGGCCAGGGCGGCUUCAAAGCAAACACCCGGUCGCUCCCAACGGGCCGUGGCAGGGCUUGAUAAUUGACGACUUCUUCGCAUUAUCGGUUGAGCCCUGUGACUUUGUUGAGGGUGCACCCUGCCGAUCUUCCGAGCUUAUAGCCCAGGCCAAGGCCGGCUACAGCGCCGAAGGCGUGAUCGGGUCUGACAGCAAAGACAUCCUGAGCUCCCGAGCGUUCAAGGUUGCAGGUGCUGAGGUCGACUCGACUUCCGCCACUGUUGGCGCCGGUGCUACGCUCUGUGGUUACCCCGUCCACAAGCGACUCGCCCUUGCUGCUGCUUCUGUGCGGGCUGCACAGUGCCCCUGCCUCAGUGAGGAGCUUGUGUCCUGCCUUAGCGGGUCCUGGGUUUCCUGUUUGAUGUACCGCCGCUGCCUCACCUCCGUGCUUGACGGUCUUUUUGGGCUAGGCCGUUCAUCUUCAGCUGGCGGCGCGCCCGGCUCGACUUUGAGACCCCUCUCCCGAAAGGUCGCCGGCGAGCUUCAACUACUUGCGGUGCUUGCCCCUGUUGCGGUGUGCAACCUCUCUGCUGCCCCCUCUGAGGAGGUGUUCGCUACUGAUGCCUCUAUGCAGCGCGGUGCCGUAUGUGCUACACCGGUCCGGCCUGACGCCUCUCUUGGUCUCUGGCUGUCUCUUGAUGUGAAGGGUGCCCCGGUACACCUCAGCACUCCCGGCGCCCUGGGCAAACUGGGUGGCAGCGCUGGCCAAACUGACUUCGAAGACAGUCUGCCGCCAGACCACCUCACUGGCGAGCCCCCGACGGUUCAGAAGCCACUUGCCUUCAGGUUUGACUUUCUAGAGGUCGGUGUUUGCUCUGGCAUUGUCUCGGCAUGCCUUGCCUCCAGAGGCUAUAGUGUCGGUCCUCUCGUUGACUUUGCUCGGUCUCCCCACUACGACCUUGCUUCCCCACGGCUGCGAGAAUGGCUCCUUCACUUGAUCGGGACUGGGCGUCUGAGAUCUAUUGCCUUGUGUCCUCCGGCCUCGUCCUUCCGACCGUUUGGCCGCUUCCUCCUCCGGUCGUGGACUUGCCCUCUUGGUUUUGAUCCCCGGCACCCCACGGUUCUGAAGCAAAACACAAUUGCUGCCGUGUGCUUCGCUGUCCUCUGGGGCUGCGCUAGAUACCGAGUUCCAGCUGUCCUUGUGCACCCUGCCUCCUCGCUCCUCCCACAACUUCCCGGCUGGGCCUACCUUAGGGAUAAGAUCGGGUUGAUAGACUCUAAGGCUAGGGACCCUUGGGGUUUUGCACGGGCAGGCUGCCGCGCCCUGGUGUCGGGCAUCUCGCCUCCUGUCGGCUCUCGCUUUGUUGAGCCUCCCGGCCUUCAGCAACCUGCUGCCAAGGGCGUCCUUUGCUGCCCUCGACUUGCGUUUUCUCUCGCUGGAGCUUUUGCUGGUGCCCUUGACCCCGGUGGGCCUGCCGGCCCUGAGCUCUGCCCGACCGGCCUGGAGAACAUCAUCGCAAACGACUUGCUGCUUGCUGCCCCCUGGUCUGUCGUUGCAGAUUGGCCCUGGAGGCGCAUAUCGCAUAUCAACGUCCUGGAGACGAAGGCUGUGCUGAAAGCUAUUCAGCUUGUGAUCAAAGAGGGCGGAAACCGGAAGGUACCCCUCCUUCUGGACUCAGCCGUUGCUCGGGGUGCGAUAGCAAAGGGGAGGUCUUCCUCCAGGCUUCUCCGCCCCGUUCUCCUUCGGAUCUCAGCAUCCCUCGUCGCAGGAGGAGUCUAUGUUGCCAUGGGCCAUGCUCCGACGCGCCUGAAUGUCGCCGACGACCCGACUCGGUGCACUCUGUUGAGAAAGGCUUCGGGGCAGCUUCUCUCUGACCUUCUAGCUGGUGACAGCUUCCUGCAAGCCUGCCGUGUGUCGGGCCUUUCCAGCGCCUGUGCUGGAUGGUACCGGCUCUCCCUGCUCCUUUCCUUUAGGACCUCUAGGGCCUGGGGUUUAGACCUUUUAGGGGUUCUGGGACAACCUUUUCGGGCCGAAUGGCCAGCCUCCGCAGCUGCACCUGUUGCUGCCGAGCAGUCUGCUUUCAACGCCAGCCGUCUGUUUGACGCUACUUUGGGCUUCCCUGGUGAGGGGCCGCUUGAGCCUCGAAAUGCCAAGGACGCGCUGCGACGGAGGGCCCGCCAAGGUGAAACUCUGCCUGAAGGUCGUCCUGUUCAGUUACGCACGUCUGCCAACCGGUCCUCGCUGCUUAAGGCUUUUCAAGAUUGGCUCCUCGCUGGUGGUCUCGAAGCUGAGGGAUACUUGAGCUGGCCUGCUGAGGAGAUUGGUAGAGUGCUUGCUGUUUUCGGCCGCGAGCUGUUCGAGGCUGGCUACCCGUACUGGCACCUGGCCGAGACGAUAAAUGCGAUCGCCUCGAAGAGGCCUGCGGUGCGGAGACAACUGCAGGCGGCUUGGGACGUUGCUUUCAGCUGGAUGGCGGCAGAGCCGCAUUCGCAUCAUGUCGCCAUGCCUGCGGUUGUGCUGUUGGCAGUGCUUGCCGUCAGCCUCCUUUGGGGAUGGAGGUCAGAGGCUGGCAUCUUUGGUCUGGCUUGGGGCGCACUUCUGCGCAUUGGUGAAGCUGUUGGCGCCAGGAGGGAGUGCCUUGUUUUGCCGCGCGACGUCCUCGGAUCUCAGACUUACGUCCUGCUGAGGAUCGAGGAGCCAAAAACGCGAUACAGGGCUGCCCGCCAACAAGCAGGUAAGCUCGAGCAGGCCGACUUGGUUGAGCUCGUCGACCUCGCCUUCGCCAAGCUCCCACCGUAUAGCAGGCUCUGGCCAAUGACCGCUCAGACGUUGAGGCGACGACUCGAUGCAGUGCUGGAAGCCUUGUCGAUCCCUACCGCCCGUGGUACCACCAGGCCGCUCGACCUUGGGUCGUUCAGGCCUGGCGGUGCCACGCACAUGCUUCAGAUCACGGAGGACUCUGAACUUGUCAGACGGCGAGGCAGGUGGGUGUCGCCGAAGGUUAUGGAAAUCUACUUGCAGGAGAUCGCCUCCCAGACGUUCUUCCCUGCCCUCCCGCUCGCUACGAGGAACAAGGUCAUGCAGGCAGCAGCGUGUUUCCCUGAACUGUUACGGCGAGCGCGCCAGUGGACUCAGAAUGGUGUCCCCACUGGCUCAUGGUUUUACCUCUGGAGCUUUCAAAGCGUCGCCACGGGCAAAGGCGACUAG